CUGUCUCCCUCUUGUGGCGGUUGCGUAAGUUACAGGGGAAAAUCGCCCAGCCGGACCUGGAGGCGGAUGCAAGUCCACCUUACCUGCAGUGCAUUUCUGCAAGAUGCUAGAUGUCCAGUUUCAUCGCUUGUGUUUGGUGGUCUUAGCGUUCGGUUUUCACCUCGGAAGGGCGGCGGAGGUCUCAGUAUGGAGCGUAAACAUCAACUCGACACAGGACGCUGUGUUUCGGAAGACGCUGUACGCCAACACCACCAUCUUUAUGAGGUUUCUGAACAACAUGGGGUCAUGUGAAAAAUUUCUGGCCUUUAACAUCAGCUGGUACCUGCGCUCGUCCGUUUGCUACAAUGAGGUCUUCAACACCCCAGACAACAAAGCGAUGAACAUGUUCGGCAUGGACCACAUGUUGAAAGACGGUUGGAGCGGCUUCUACACUCAGGGCUACAUGUACUUUGAGAACUGCUCCUACCUUUUCACCCCGAAGGUUUAUUUCCCAGACUUCAACCCCUAUCAGCCACUGUCCAGUCCAAAGAGUGAUCCAUCAAAUCAGACCUUUACUUGGCCUGAAAAACCGGAAAUCAGCGCGGUGGCCAAAGCCUGGGUGGACGGGCCCUACCUGUUCAUAGUGAAGGUGCAGCCUGUGGCUCGCAGCUUGGAGAUAGAAGACAUCUUAUCAGAGCAGCUCAACUUUGCUUUCACAAUGAAAGUGGAGAUGAAAGGACCACAUGACUACUCGUCCCCAGCAGACUGGCCUCUGAUGAUCUUCUUCAUGGUGAUGUGCAUCGUGUACGUUCUGUUCGGGGCGCUCUGGCUCUUCUGGUGCGUCUGUUACUGGAGGGAUCUGCUGCGGAUCCAGUACUGGAUCGGCGCCGUCAUCAUCCUCGGCAUGCUGGAGAAAGCCGUCUUCUACUCCGAAUACCAGAGCAUCCGCUACAAAGGAGACUACGUCCUGGGAGCUGUGAUUUUUGCCGAGCUGCUCUCUGCGCUCAAACGAUCCCUGGCUCGAAUCCUGGUUCUCAUAGUCAGUCUUGGUUAUGGCAUAGUCAGACCACGGCUGGGUACCACGGUGCACCGCCUGGCGGCCGUUGGACUCCUCUACCUCCUCUUCUCCUCUGUAGACGGAGUGCUCAGAGUGACGGGCGGUUUCUAUGGAACCGUCGCCCUUGUGGCUAAUCUCAGCCUCUCUCUCAUCGACUCGUUUGUCAUGUGGUGGAUUUUCAUCAGCUUGUCACAAACCACUCGCCUCCUGAAGCUCCGCAGAAAUUUGGUCAAGCUGUCUUUAUAUCAGCACUUUACCAACACGCUCAUCUUCUUCGUUGUUGUUUCCAUCAUAUUCAUCAUCUGGACCACCAAGGUGUUCAGGCUGGUCGACUGUCAGAGGGGCUGGCGGGACUUGUGGGUAGACGAUGCGUUCUGGCGCCUCCUGUUCUCCACUAUGCUGCUGGUCAUCAUGGUGCUGCUGCGACCCUCUGUUAACAGCCAGAGGUUCUCUCAUUCCCCUCUUAUUGACGAAGACGAUGAAGAAGAUGAAGCCAAGGAGCCGAUGAUGAACGAAGCUUUUGAAGGAAUGAAGAUGCGGGGCACGAAACCUGAUGCUAACGGCUCCCAGAAACUUCUGAAUAAAGAGGAUGAAGACCUGAAAUGGGUAGAAGAGAACAUUCCUACCUCCGUUGCUGAUGUAGCUCUCCCUGUUAUGCUGGAUGAGGAAGAGGAAAUCCUGAAAACUAAGAUGGAGCGAUCUAAAAUGGAGUAGAGGGAAAGGCAAGAAGAAAACGAAGCAGCAAUGAAUGAAAUUAUAGAAAUGUCAUCACCAAAAAGAACGUGGAAGAACAUUUUCUUAGAUUUUAUUUUCUUUCUUUUUAUUUUUACACAAGUUGUGUUAAGCUCAGAAGUGUAAAUAGUGUUAGAACGAGGAGAUGAUGUAUAACAGAACAUUUCUAUUUGUUUCACCUCGGUGUCUUCACUGUCAGCUAAGCUAAAGCACAUAAUUUCCACGUUAAAUAAGAUUCUGAAACCUAUUCCCGUGAUAUUUGAAUUAGUACCAUGUGAAACUAAGGCGGAUAUGACUGAUGAUAAAAUCUUCUGGGAUUAGUUCCAUCCAACCACUUCUUACUAAAGGAGUUCAGCCAACCAGAACAUGCUGAAGUAUGAAAAUGUCACAUAGCGCUGAAAACAGGAGGAUAUUGUUGUUGAAGUCAGUUCUAACACUUAAACAGAAAGUGCUGACUCUUAUUUGAAAUCGUUUUCAGAAUGUAUUUCUUAAGUGAUCAUAUGAAAGUGGGGAAAAUAUUAGUGUUUUAAUUGGUGUAUCAAAGAUAAUGGUGCGUAACUGCCACAAAAUCACAUUAAAUUAAAAAUGAUUUCC